CUCGAGCUGGACGAAAUGGGGCGAACCUUCCAUGGACGCUGUUGGGCGCUGCUUUGCUGUGUGUUGGCUCUGACCAGCGCCGCCAAACCUAGGAAGUACGUUCAGAGUCGCUUCAGCGUCGACUAUCAGCCGUUUUCCGGAACAUGGAAUGACGACUUUGAUUGGGGUGUCAUCAAGGAAGUGCUGCAGAAAGCUCCCGGAAAUGCAGUAAUUUCGCCGCUCUCCAUUAAAGCGCUGAUGGCGCUGCUGUACGAGGGCAGUGCAAAUGAUUCCGAGACAGAACGUGAACUCCGUCGGGCGCUGAGUGGUGGUGAUCCUCAGACCAUGACCAAGCUGCAAGAAGACCUACUGCAGUAUAAGCAAAGUCAACCACAGCAGAAUCUGUUGAUCACCGAUCGCAUCUUCCAUGACAAUUCCGUGACGAUCGUGCACAAAUUCAACAGUAUCAUCACCGCCAAAUACAACGCAACCACCGCGGAGAUUGACUUUCGAGAUACAGUGGCGGCUGCGAAACAAAUUAACGAUUGGAUCGCACAGAACACCCACGAACGGAUUCGGGACGUGGUUAUGCCGGGAUCGCUGCAAGACGCCCUACUUCUGCUGAUCAACACGAUCUACUUCAAGGGCAUGUGGGCGAUCCCGUUCCCGACGAACGCGACCACCGAAAAGCCGUUCUACACGAGCGCUAAUGCCCAAUCUGAACCCAAGAUGACCACCUUCAUGAAGCAACGCGAACGAAUCUUCUUCUACAAGCACUCCGAGCAGCUGAACGCUCAAUUUCUGCGGCUUCCGUACGACUCCAACCAGCUGUCGAUGGUCGUGGUGCUGCCGGAUGAACAGGUUUCACUGAACCAGCUGCUCUCUAGCCUUACGGCUCAAACGGUUCACCAGGAACUAACCGAUAUGGCCGAAGAAGAAGUCGAGAUCGAGCUACCUCGGUUCACCAUCUCGUACUCCAGCUCGCUGAGGGACUGCUUGCAGAGGUUGGGCAUCGAGCGUGUCUUCAGUGACCAGGCUGAGUUGCCACUAAUUUCACGUGGACGCUCCACGCCACUGAAGGUCAGCACGGUGCUGCAGAAGAGCUGCAUUCUCGUGGAUGAACGGGGUACCGAGGCGUCUGCAGCCACCGAAGGAACGCUCGUGUUUACCAUUCUUAACCAACCGGUCAAGUUCAUUGCCAACCGGCCAUUCCUCUUCCUGAUCUACGACGAGGGCAAGGGCAACUGGUUGUUUGCUGGCAAAGUGGAAGAUCCCCAGCAUUAUGGGGUGGUGUAAUGACGUACAUGAUGUAUUGGGUGCAAUUCCGACACUGAAGAGGCUAAAUAAAGAAUGCUUUUACG